CUCCCUCCCCUCCUUCUUUCACAUGAUCAGCAGCCCCCGCAGAGGAACGCACGCAGCCAUGACCGAGCGGCGAUACGGCGGAUCCACGACGCGCUUCUUUCUCACCGUCUGGUUGACGGUCGUCCACGGCAGUCACGGAAUCGUGUGGACGUACGAGAAGUUCCGGCACCAAGCCAUCACUCUGACCCCAGAUGAGAUCCGGAGCGCCCUGUCACACACAGACCUGGACCAGAUGUGGCAACGGGCCCUCAGGCCUCUGCUGGUGACCAGGUACCCAAGCUCUGCCGGCAGCGUCGCCGUGCAGGAGCACAUCAGAUCCACUCUGGGGUCCCUCAGCGCCGGCUGGGAGGUGACGGGGGACAGCUUUGAGUCACAAACCCCUUAUGGACCCCUGACCUUCACCAACAUCAUCGCCACCCUCGACCCCUCGGCCAGACGCCGCCUGGUCCUGGCCUGUCAUCAUGACUCCAAGUACUACCCACCACAGUGGCACGGGAGGGAGUUUCUGGGUGCCACGGACUCAGCCGUUCCCUGUGCCAUGAUCCUGGAGCUGGCACAGGCCCUGGAUGAAGAUCUGAAAGCUCAGAAGGUAAGAGGAACUGAAUUCCAUCAUCAUUCCGCUUCAUUUCCACAAAUAUACGAGUUGCACAAACAAACAGCCCACUCCCUGAACCAGCUCCUCGAUCAUCCUAACAAUGUUCAGUACUUCUGGCCCAACUUGUCCGUCAGUCCGAUUCAGGACGAUCACGUUCCGUUCCUGAACAGAGGCGUGCACACGCUGCACCUCAUCCCCACCCCCUUCCCCUCUGUGUGGCACACGUUUGAUGACGACGAGCAGCACCUGGAUCGCUCCACCAUUCAGAACCUCAACAGGAUCCUGCAGGUGUUUGUCCUGGAGUACCUGAACGUCAGACCCGCUGCACCACCUCCUCCACCACCAACACAGAACACUCUGUAAAAACCCUCAACACGAGCUUCAUCUGCUUCAGAGUUUUGCUUUAUGAGAUUCAGUCCAGCAGUGAUUCAGUUCAGUGCUGAUUCUUUAAAAUGUGUAGUUUGAUGUGUCACAUGAUUCAACUGUACAAAGUAAAAAAAAAUAAGGAAAAGGAAAGGUCAGAGGUCAGUGUCACUCCUGGUUUCCCUCAAAUUCCUGACGUCAUUGGUGUGGAGGUCGAAGUGUUUCACUGCUGAAUAUGUUCUAACAGCAUUCACAUGUUUAACUAGAACCGCAUUCAGUGGCCCCGCCCUCUUUUAUUUAACCAAAUUCCAAUUCUUAGUCCGCCCUACUGGACCAACCCUCUCCGAAAAUAUAUUCUUGUUCUUCAGACCUGGAUCAAGCGCAACAAUGGAUUGAUCCUGGUCACUUGAUCCUGAUUUUACAUUACAUUACAUUACAUUUGGCAGACGCUUUUAUCCAAAGCGACUUACAAUCGAGAACAUAAUCAUAGCAUAUAACACUUGCAGAUACAAAGAGCACAGGAAAUAUACAGAACAAUAGGUGCAAAUACCAAGUGGGGUUAGUUUUUUUUUUUAAUUUAAGUACAUUAACAUAGGGAAAAGUAGAGUAGACACACAUACACACACUCCCACAAACCCAACGCACAACAUGCCUUAGAGUCUACCCCGGGUCUGGGCUAGCUCAGUCAUCAGUGCAGUAAAUAGUCACAAAAGAGGAGAGUCUUUACUUGCUUCUUGAAGACUGAGAGAGAUGAGCCUAGUCUUGUUGCUUCUGGAAGUUUGUUCCACCACUGAGGGACAGUGACAGAGAACAGUUUUGACUGGGAUCGCUUAGAGCGAGCAGGUGGCACGGCUAGGCGGUUUGUAUUGGAGGAGCGCAGUUCUCUGGCAGGAACAUACGACCUUAGAAUGUCCUUCAGAUAAGCUGGGGCCGUUCCUGAGGUGGUUUUGUAGGCAAGGGUUAGGGCCCUGUGCUUGAUCCGGGCAGCCACCGGUAGCCAGUGCAACUCGAUAAAUAGAGGAGUAACAUGGGCCCUUUUGGGUUGAGCGAAUACCAAACACGCCGCCGCGUUCUGGACCAUCUGGAGUGGUUUUAUUGCACAACCAGGUAGACCUGCCAGGAGGGAGUUGCAAUAAUCCAGGCGGGAGAUAACCAUGGCCUGAACCAGUAGUUGUGCUGCGUGUUGGCUCAGGUAGGGUCUGAUUUUCUGUAUGUUGUACAGCACAAAUUGACAGGCCCGGGCGACUGAUGCAAUAUGGUUGGAGAAUGCCAGAUGGUCAUCGAUCAUGACGCCAAGGUUUUUGGCGACUUUGUUUGGGGCCACAGAGGCAGAGCCCAUCUUGAGGUUGAUGUUGUGACUUUUGUCAAAACACACAACAUUGUUUGUGAUUUUUAUCCUAAUUAUUCACUCUUGGUCAUAUUUCUGACCUUGGAUCAUGAAUGCUGAGCUUUGAUCCUAAUCUUUGAUCUUGGCCAAUAAAAUUAAAACCUGAUUACUGAUCUUUGAUCCUGAUCACUAAAAUUUGAUAAUGUUUCUGACCUUUUAUCCUUAUUCUGGAUCUUUAAAUGUAAAUGCAAAGCUUUGAUCCUGAGCCAUGAUUUUUUUAUCUCAAUCACUGAAAUUUGGAUCUGAAUACUGAGCUUUGAUCCUGAUCAGUAACCUCUGAUCGUGAUCACUAAAAUUUAAUCAUGUUUCUGAGUUUUUGAUCCUGAAUGUGAUUUUUAAAAGUAAAUGUAAAGUGAUCCUGAGUCCCUAUCUUUGUGCUCAGACACUGAAAUUUGAACUCGAAAACUUAUCUUUGAUCCCAAUCCCUCAAAUGCACUCACGUUUCUGACCUUUGAUCCUGAUUGCUGAUCUUUAAAUGUGAAUGUGAAGCUUUGAUCCCGAGCCCUGGUCUUUGAUCUCAAUCAUGGAAAUUUCAGCUUGAAUACUAAUCUUUGAUCCUGGUCACUAAUGUUUAUGGCUAAACUUUGAUCCUGGUUGCUGACCUCAGAAACUGAAUUCUUAUUUUUCAUCUCACCAACUGAAUUUUGAACUUGAUUGCUGACCUUUGUUCCUGAUUGCUGAAAUUCUAACCUAAAUACUGAGCUCUUAUCCAGAUCUCUGUCCUUUGAUCCUGAUUGCUGACCUUUGAUCUGGACCUCUUACCCAGUUUCACACCUAUACUGAAUGGGUUCUUCUUUGGCUCCACCUCUCCAACAGGUCUCAUUAAAGGUGUGACUUCUCUGCACCAGGUGGGAUCACUUGGUGCUUAAAGGGGUCAUACUGUGCUGAAACACCUUUUUAAAAUUUACCUUUCAAAGGCAAAAAUGAUUCACAUUCCAUGAUGAAAAUCCUCAAAAUCCAUCAAUUCUGUUUUAGCAAGAUUUAGCUUAGGAAUCGACUCAUUGUAGGCUUCUGUGACAUAUGUCACAGGAAUCCAUAUUUGAAGUCGUACUUGUUGUGUGUGACAUGCCCACGUGGUCUGUGAGAAAGAAACAUAAAGAGGAGCUGCCCUCGCUAUGGAGAGAGGGGGCGUGGCCAAAAGCAGCUCCUCAACAUUUAAAGCUACAGGCAGAUAAAU